AUGGGGUCUUCUAAGGACGAUGUGGAUCGCCUCUUCGCCUGCUUCAAAUGCGGCGUCUCCCCUCCUCAGUCGGCAUUCAGGGUGAGACCGCGUCAGCAGGGCAAGAAGUUGCGGGUCACGCCUUCGGCGGAAGGCGAUGGCGGCGGAAGCAGUUCCUCUUCUGCUUCGACACGGAAAGCUGGGGAAAAUGCGAGCGAGCAUAGGGAGCCAUCAUCAGCCGCGAUCAAAUUCAGAAAUCGAAAGCAGAUGUCUCCAGUUGUGUUCUACGGUUCUCCACAAGGUGUUCCAGUGAAAAAGCCGAUGAGCCUCUUGAGGCUGCUUCGUGAAAUCCACAUUGACCUCAAGAAGCAAACUGAUUUGAUCUCCAGGGAUGUUGUUUGGGCUACAUUCCCUAGGCAAGAUGAGGCAAUAAGGUUCUCAAAGGAACAUGCACACACCAAAGUCUUCAGUUAUCAAGAUCACUUGAGCGGGCAAAGAAGAUUCCUUGUGUCUACAUAUGACGAGUUCUGGAGAAGGUACAAUAAUAUGGACCCACAGAUUCGCCAUCACUAUGAAGUUAUCCAGGAGGCAAGUCUCCAUAUCUUUGUCCUAAAAAUGGGUUCACCUUGCCACAUUUACUUUGAUCUCGAGUUUAACGCAAAACUGAACCAGAAGAGAGAUGCAGAUGAAAUGGUUGAUACAUUGGUUGCUGUCACAUUCAGUGCCUUGCAGGACAAAUAUUCCAUCGAAGGACAAGAAGAAUGGAUCAUAGAAUUAGACUCAUCUAAUGAAGAAAAGUUUUCGCGCCAUUUGAUCAUUCGUAUACCAAAGACUGCAUUCAAGGAUAACUCCCAUGUUGGUGCAUUUACCUCUGAGAUCUGCUCUCUGAUUGCCGCUCAACGUGCAGCCAAUCCCAACCUUGAUAAGCUGUAUAUUACAAAAGAUAGCAGCGGCGCAGAACCUGUUGAUCAGCUCUUCGUGGAUACUGCUGUAUACUCUCGUAAUCGUUGCUUCCGUUUAGCCUUCUCAUCAAAGUCUGGGAAAAAAUCAUUUCUUGUGGCUACUGGACGUUUCAAAUGUAAGAACAUGGGUAGAAAUAGCGUGCUGCAGGGAAACAGGACGGUCUCCUGCUGGCCAGACGGCGCGGCUCUGCCGUCGGAGAUCUCGCAACAGCAGUUUGUCACGCUGGAAGCGAAGGGGAAGGUGAAUGACAAGGAACUAUUUAUGGAGUCACUUAUUUGCAGAUUAGAUGAUGACUGCGAUAAGCUUUUGAUCUGCAAACUUGAUUUGGAAUGCAAGAAAGCAUUACAUUUUGACACUGAAGCCAGCGUUACACGAAUUCAAGCAAAAAACUGCCGGGUUGCCAUUGAUACUUACCGAAGUGAUUUUCCUCAAGCAUAUACUUACGGGAGAUCUCCUUUUCCAGCUCUGGACGGUUUUAUUGAAUCUAUAGCUUCCUUUGGAAGUGUCUCAGGGAAAAUUCGAUGCUGGUACUGGUUUUCCCAAGAUGGUUUAAUGAUUUAUAGCAUGUCAAGGAGUAGAUACUUUAUGUACAUUGUGGAUUUCCAAAGAGCUGCGUAUUACCAGAAGUGUUAUGACCCUGAUUGUCGAGGGUACCGUUCUCCACUGCGUGCCGUACCCUUGGAUGCGAUUCCUGAGCUCACCACCUCCAUAGCCGGAUCGGCCCAGAGAGAUUAUCAAGGGAAUGUUGUGGAAUUCAAUAUGGAAGGCGGCGGAAACGAUGGUAACUCUGUUAUGGGGAGCGGGGAGGUGGAGGAGGAUCCUGGUUGGUGGGAAGAAGCGGUGAAGUUUGCUGACAGUGUCGAGAAUGUCGAUCAUGCUCCUCCUGCAUCUUGUAACUUGGAGGAUGGCGGCUGUGACGAUACUGACUGGUGGACGGAUGUGGAAAGGUUUAUGGUGCAGAUGGAAUCACAGGGCGAUGCAUAG